GAUGGUAGUCUCUAAUACUCUCUAUUGUGUUAUUGUUUCCCUUGAGCCCACUGGAGUCUGGAUCUCCCAGAAAUGAACGCUAUCUCGAACUCUUCCACUGAUUUUAUGGAAGACGGCGCAAACGGGAGCGAUUCGGAGACGAAUUCCGAUGAGACGCCGGAGCACUAUCAACCAAUCUCGGCCGUCGGUUACGAUGACGACGAGGACUCCGAUCGAGGCAGCUUGGACGAAGACGGCCACCACGGCCUCGCGAACGGCGCGUACUACACGCGAUCCGAAGAAGUUGCGGAGAACGGGAUCGCGUCUCUUCAAGUAAACGACAACGUAGAGGAGAAGAGCAGUGAGGAUGAGGCGGAGGAGGAGGUGAGGGAGGCUCCGGAUUCGGAGAUUCUGAGGGCUUUCAGAGACGACGAGAGUCGGAGGAACGCGCCGCUGACGCCGGAGAACGCGACGCGUGUGAUGGAGGCCAUGCGUGGAGUUUCGUUUGGCGGUGUGACACCUGAUUGGGCGGGCCAAGUCCCCGAGGAUCAGUGGCUCGAUCGCCUUCGCAGACUCAGGCAACCACCGCAACGCACUUCAGCUUCACUUCAGAACUGAGAGACAGAGAACACAUCUUCUUGUAUUGGAUUGGAGUUUUCUUUUUCUCUCUUUUUAAAUUCAUCUUCUUGUAUUGUAUUGUAUUGGAGUUUUCUUUUUCCUCUUUUUAAACUCAGAAAUUAUAUACCCACUGCUGUGAGCCUGUGAUGAUGGCCUGGUGAAUUAGUGAGCAAAAUUAUCAGCUCUUUAGCUUCGAUGAGACGUGGAUAGAGGCGUGGUCUCUAGCCAAUUAAACUACUAAUCGAAAGCUAUUAUCUCGUUAUAUGAGUUCAUUGGCAUUCAUAUUA